UGCAACUUCAUUUAUUGGGACAUCGUCAUUGCUCGCAAUAAUUAUGAGUCGUCAAGGUGUCGUCCCAGCUGGAUUAAUUGACAAUGAAAACUACCUGGAUUAGAGCGUCUGGGUGAAAACCUACUUGAUGGGUGAAGAUCUUUGGGACAUUGUGGAAUCCAUGGAUGAACCUCCAAAACCCGAAGAUGGUGAUGGAUUCAAGUAUUGGAGGUCCAAGAACGCCUCCGCCCUCCAUGUUAUCCAAAUUUCUUGCAACGCAGAUGCUUUCUCUGAGAUCAGAAAUAUAACUUCUGCCAAAGAAGCUUGGGAUAUGUUGGAAGGAAAAUUCAAGCCUCAACCAGAAUCCGAAGACGACGACGAAGUGAAUAUUCCAAACGAUCAAUACCAACAAUACGAACGGUUUCACAAAGCUCUGCAAGAUGGAGAUCGAAAUGCUACAAAGGAAUUCAUUACGCAGCACCCAAAUGCAAUAAGAACAAUAAUCACACUUACGGGGAGGACGGCCCUUCAUGUUGCGGCCAUGGCCGGACAUACAGAAAUUGUUGAGACACAGGUGGAGAAAAUGUCACCAGAAGACUUGGAAAUGAAAGACUCAGUUGGUAAUACAGCUCUUACAGCAGCUAUUUUUACAAUGCAAAUAUCGAAAUAGCCGAAUGCAUGGUUAAAAAGAACAAGAAAUUACAGAUGCCGCUGGUAAUGGCCUUUCGUGUUAAUCAUAUUUAAAUGGGUCGUACUCAGUUACACCGAUAGAAGAUUUAAUACCGUCGGACGGCAAUCGUGCACAUGCUGUUGGGCUCAUAAACGAAGCAAUAAUUGGAAAAUAUUAUGGUAAGAGUAUAAUACAUAUAUACACAUAUUACAUAUAUAGUCAGAUUCAGAUUGUCAUAUCUUAUAUUUAUUAAUAUGUGACAUAUACAGUGU